CAUUGUCAUUCAUAUCUCGAGUUUGUUUCGGCUGCGGUAGUGAUUCCUUCGUUUGGCGAUUUUCGCGCAAACGGUUUCCGUAAAUUUCGCGUAAACAUGCUAAAAAUUUAUACAAAUUUCUUAUUGGAAAUUACAGAAUGCCUCCGCAGUCGGUGUUGAAUGUUUUAAUUAUAUUCAAUAAGUGAAAAUCACGUGACAAAUUUAUUGCAAGACAUAAUUGGCGCAGUGGCGACCAAAUUUUUUCCAAUUAGAAGUGGAAGGUAGGCAGCAAUCGUUUUUGCUGUGAAUGUGAAAAGUAUAAAGUAUGAUAAAGCAUUGGAGAAUCAAAAAAUAUUGCAAUAAUAAUAAUCGGUCAAAGUGUAAGGAAUCGGAAUACACGAGUAAUAAUUUUUUCACCUCCAUACAUUGCAUCUGUAUUCAGUUGUUGAUUUAUUAAUGAAAAUUAGUGUGCGAGAAAUGCAAAAUUUGUGAAUCACUUGAAACAGUCUAAAUGCAAUUAACCUACUCGUUGCCACUUUUUGAGCCGCCUCCCUUUUUGGUGGAGCGCUGCUUACUCCAACUGCUCAUUGUUAACACAUGUCAACAGCAGUACUUUAAAAGCAGUAUCAAAUCCAUAAACACCUUUAGUUGUACCAUCAACCAUUGUAUGAAACAAGAGCUACGAUAUCGGUCUAUUAAAAAUUAGAAGAGACUAUAAAAUUCAUUGUGUGAAGUUAAUUGUGCGACAACACGCUGUUAAAUAAUUGUUAAGGAUUUAACAAAUAAUUAUUUUAAACAAUAACGGACAAAAAAGGAACAAAUAUACACAUAAAAUGUCGGAAUUGCGUCGACGAAGCCACCAAAUUCAACUGACACUAGCUUAUUUAGUUUUGGCAUCGACGCCAUCAGCGCAGCAACGGAAAAAGCCACCAAUUUUGUGGUCACUAUCACUUAUAACGGUUUCAUUAAUUAUGUUGCUAUUGCUACCAAUGAGACUAACAGAUGCCACACCCAUCGAAAUAGUGUUUAAUACCACAAGAAAUUCGCCAAAUGUGGACACCGCAGCAAACAAGUGGAUGUCUCCUUAUGGUAAUGUAAAUAAUAAUGCUGCUGCUAAUGGAAGUGUUCGUAAAGGAACUGUACGCCAACAAGAGAACACUUUAGUGGCUACAGUACCAUCAUCCGCAACAAUAUCGGCAACAGCUGGUCGAAUGGAUAUGGGUAACAACAGUUCAAAGCAUGACGAUACCUUGCCCAUGGCGUUGGUGCCGCAACAGACCACUUUAUCAACGCCGCUGUUGCAUCAACUUAGCGGACACAAAAGUAACAGUAAUAAGCGAGAGAGGCCGCUGAAAUGUCAUUGUGACAUUUGUAAGGACACGAAUUUCAUAUGUGAAACGGACGGCUAUUGCUUUACGUCAGUGGUGAAGGAUGAGGAUAAAAUCAUAUUUAGCUACAGGUGUCUUAAUAUGUCUCAGAGUUUUCCGCCCGGUCGUUUCAUUUGGUGCAAUGACGGCAGUCGUGGUGGGCCUACAGCGCGCCCGGCUGCUCCCAGCGGCGGGCAUGGCUGCUGUAAUGAUCGCGAUUUGUGCAAUUUAGACUUGCGACCCGUUAUAAAAUAUUAUACCACAAAUUCGCAGCAGGCUUUUGAAGAAUUCUUGCCUGAAGAGCCGUUAAACGCCUGGGUUUUGGUCGUGAUCAUUUUCGGCGCCACGCUCUUCAUCUGCUUAUCGGUACUGUUGUCGUUGUGCUUCUGGCAGCGGCGCAAACGCAAUAGUAAUGGACGCACCUUCCCACCGGACGAUUCUGUGUGCGAUCCCAUACUGAAUGGCAACACUAUACAGGACAUUAUCGAGAUGACAACGUCGGGUUCCGGUUCGGCCGGCUUGCCGCUAUUGGUGCAGCGUUCUAUUGCACGGCAAAUACAACUCUGCCAUGUAAUUGGCAAGGGACGCUUCGGUGAAGUAUGGCGUGGUCGCUGGCGUGGCGAAAAUGUGGCCGUUAAAAUCUUCUCCAGUCGCGAGGAGUGCUCUUGGUUUAGGGAAGCUGAAAUUUAUCAGACUGUGAUGUUACGUCAUGAAAAUAUUUUAGGUUUCAUAGCAGCUGAUAACAAGGAUAAUGGCACUUGGACCCAACUUUGGUUGGUCACUGACCACCACGAAAACGGUUCAUUAUUCGAUUACCUCACCACACAUACAGUGGAUACGAAAACUAUGCUCAAUAUGGCGCUCUCGAUCGCCACCGGUCUGGCACAUUUACAUAUGGAUAUUGUGGGUACACGUGGCAAGCCAGCGAUAGCACAUCGCGACCUCAAAUCGAAAAAUAUUCUCGUCAAAUCCAAUCUCAGCUGUGCGAUAGGCGAUCUGGGCUUGGCUGUGCGUCAUGUGGAAAAGAAUGAUUCCGUCGAUAUACCCUCCACACAUCGUGUGGGCACCAAACGUUAUAUGGCACCCGAAGUGCUGGACGAAAGCAUGAAUGCACAACAUUUCGAUUCGUAUAAGCGUGCCGAUGUGUAUGCUUUCGGUUUGAUAUUGUGGGAGAUUGCGCGUCGUUGCAACAUCGGCAUGAUAUACGAUGAAUAUCAAUUGCCAUAUUUUGAUGUUGUACAACCUGAUCCUAGUAUUGAGGAAAUGAAGAAGGUGGUUUGUAUUGAUAAAAUGCGUCCGAACAUACCGAAUCGCUGGCAUGCCUCGGAUGUGCUGCACGGCAUGGCGAAAGUGAUGAAAGAGUGCUGGUAUCCGAAUCCUGUUGCGCGUCUUACAGCGCUACGUAUAAAGAAGACUCUGGCCAAUAUAACGGUCGAGGAUAAAGUGAAGAACUGAUUGUAGUUGUAGUGUGCAGCCAUUUUGGCGUGAAACUAACGGAUAUAAAUUGUACUAUUUGAUUGGGGGAAGGCUGUCGCCAAGCGUUGCAUAUAUUUUAGUGUGGUGCUGAGCGCAAAAUUCACCUUCUCUACCUCCCUUUCUGUUUACUUUUCUGCCGAAUUUGUUGAGAGCAUACUAAAUGCGCAGAAGAGUAUUGGAAAAAUUACCUAAAGAGAAGAGCAUACCUUAAAUACCUAAUAAUUAACAAAAACAAAAAGUAAAAGAAAACAAAAAACACAAAAAAAAAGAAGAAAAAAAGAGAUAUGGUAAACAGAGAAAUUUAUAAAGCUGUUAUAAUUGAUGCAGAGCAUUCUAUUAAAGCACUAAAAGUUGUAUUUGUAAUUUUAAACUAUAAUUUGUAAUAACAUGUGUAAAUGCGAACGUACCCUAAUGUAAUGUAAUGUAAAAUGUGUACUAGACAUAAGAGAGCGUGGAGCGCAGGGCACAGCAACAAAUGUUUGUAACUAAUUAAGAGAGAGAGCAGCAGCUUGGUAAAAACACGAAAUAAUUGAAUAUUUAAAAUUAUUUUGAAAUAAGUUAUGAAAUGUGUGUGUGUGGCUGCCUGUGUGUGCGUGUGUGUUUCUAAAUAGGUUAGUUAGAGAAAGGAGAAAAAAGUGAAGUCUGAGGAAAAGUUGUGAAUGUGUGUAUGUG